GAACCCAGGCAACGGAAGAAAAUGGCGUCCGAAUCUUUCAUCAUCAAGACGCCUAGCUCGUCCGCCAACAUCGGCCCCGGGUUCGAUGUCAUUGGCCUCGCGCUGUCCCUCUACCUGGAGUUGCACGUUACGAUUGAUCGCUCCAAGAGCACCAGCUCAAGUCCGCUCAACUGUCGUGUGACUUAUGAGGGCGAGGGCGAGGAGUCGGGAGACAUCCCAUUAGACCCUGACGCGAACCUCAUCACCCGUGUGGCUCUCUAUGUCCUGCGAUGCCAUGGGCAGCGUGCCUUCCCAGUCGAGACCCAUGUCCACGUCAAGAAUCCCAUCCCACUGGGAAGAGGACUUGGUUCUUCGGGAGCUGCCGUGGUUGCUGGUGUAAUGCUGGGUAAAGUGGUCGGAAAGUUGGAUCAUCUAGAUAACAACAGAUUAUUCGACUUUUGUUUGAUGAUUGAGCGACACCCAGACAAUGUGGGAGCUGCACUUUUUGGCGGAUUCGUCGGGACAUAUCUGAACCCGCUGAAGCCCGAGGAUUUGGCCCGCACAGAGAUUCCACUAAGCGAGGUCCUUCCUGCACCCGCCGGCGGCAUUGACACCGGCGACACCCCGCCGGAGCCGCCGCACGGCAUAGGCCAUCACAUCAAGUUUCCCUGGGCUCCCGAAAUCAAGGCCGUGGCUAUCAUCCCCGACUUUGAGGUGGCGACCGCUAAGGCGCGCGAGGUGCUGCCGGCACAGUAUCCCAGAUCCGAUGUUACCUUCAAUCUGCAGAGAAUUGCCCUCCUUCCUGUAGCACUUGGCCAGUCGCCUCCUGAUUCGGGACUCAUCAACCUCGCAAUGCAGGAUAAGCUGCACCAGCCGUAUCGCCAAACACUGAUUCCCGGUCUGACCGAGAUAGUCGAGUCGAUGACGCCUGAUACCCAGCCGGGGCUGUUGGGAGUGUGUCUUUCGGGGGCAGGCCCGACCAUACUCGCGCUGGCCACAGACAACUUUGAACAGAUCGCAGAGCGCAUUAUCGCCAAGUUCAAGACACAAAACAUCACAUGUAGUUGGAGGCUGCUUGAGCCUGCCGAGGAGACUCAGGUUACAAAGCUAUAG